AUGCGCUCAACAACUCUCUCCGCCUUGGCAGGCUUCGCAGCCCUCGCUCCCUUCACAGCCGCCCAAUCCACCUCAUCGAAGCGCGGUCUUUGCCACGUCCCGUCUCAGAAAUACCCCGGUGAUGACUCCAUUUGGAUCAGCGGUGGCAGCGAUUUGACGUGGUACUACAACUAUCAAGCCGAGCCGUCCGACGCGUACAAGAAUAAGAACAUCCAAUUCGUGCCCAUGCUCUGGGGCGCCAAAGACAGCGACACCGGCACACCCUUCUACGACAGCGUCAAAAGUCAGAUCGACGGUGGUGCAAACAUCAGCUAUGUCUUGGGCUUCAACGAACCAGACGGUACCCACACCACCGGCGGCUCAGCACUGCCUGUCGACCUGGCCGCCGCUCGCUGGAUAGCUGAAAUCGAGCCGCUCAAGAAGCUGGGCAUCAAGCUUGGUGCGCCGGCCGUCACGGGCGGAGCGAGCGGCUGGGCGUGGUUGCAGAACUGGUUCACCGCGUGCAAUGGCAGCUGUACUCCCGACUUCAUACCUGUGCACUGGUAUGGCAACUUCGACGGCAUGGCGAGCCACAUCGGAAACGUCAUGGCGACCUACCCUAACAUGACAGUCUGGGUGACCGAGUACGCGCUCCCGAACCAGGAUCUCAAGACGACGCAGGACUUCUACAACACGAGCAAGAACUCCAUGGAUUCAUGGGGUAACAUUACCCAUUACUCGUACUUUGGCGCUUUCCGCAGCGACGUCUCCAAUGUCGGUCCCAACGCUGCUAUGCUCGACCAGAAGGGCAAGCUGACAGACAUCGGAUCGUGGUACAUGGGCGGCGUCGCCACGAACAACAUCCCCAAGGGCGCUGGUGGGCGCAUUCAAACAAUCGGUCUGCCUGUUGCCUCUGUCCUGGCUCUCUUCUGGGCCUGCAUGCUUUGA